GAUGAGAUCUACCAACGGUUGAGAUUAGACCACUUCAACCCGAGGUUCUUUUAUUAAGGAGAGUUUCAUCACGGUCGGAUUUUAUUUGGGCGCGAGAGAGGGUUUUCAGAGAUUCUCUCAAGGUCUCCAAACUUCAAAUCUAGGGUUUCAAACAAGCAGGCAAUAGAAGAUGGCGGACGGUGAGGAUAUUCAGCCUCUUGUGUGUGAUAAUGGGACCGGAAUGGUCAAGGCUGGAUUUGCUGGAGAUGAUGCUCCAAGGGCUGUGUUUCCUAGCAUUGUAGGCCGCCCACGUCACACUGGUGUGAUGGUUGGUAUGGGUCAGAAGGACGCAUAUGUUGGGGAUGAAGCUCAGUCCAAACGUGGUAUUUUAACUCUAAAGUACCCAAUUGAGCACGGUAUUGUGAGCAACUGGGACGACAUGGAGAAGAUCUGGCAUCAUACCUUCUAUAAUGAGCUGCGAGUGGCCCCUGAAGAACAUCCUGUUCUCCUCACUGAGGCACCUCUCAAUCCUAAGGCUAACCGUGAGAAGAUGACUCAAAUAAUGUUUGAAACCUUCAACACUCCUGCUAUGUAUGUUGCUAUCCAGGCUGUUCUCUCGCUUUAUGCGAGUGGUCGUACUACUGGUAUUGUGCUGGAUUCUGGGGAUGGUGUCAGUCACACGGUCCCCAUCUAUGAAGGAUAUGCCCUCCCACAUGCUAUCCUGCGUAUUGACCUGGCAGGUCGUGACCUGACGGAUGCUCUUAUGAAAAUCCUGACUGAACGUGGCUACUCUUUCACCACCACGGCCGAGCGUGAAAUUGUUAGGGACAUGAAGGAGAAGCUGUCCUACAUUGCCCUCGACUAUGAGCAGGAGCUGGAGACAUCCAAGACCAGCUCGUCUGUGGAGAAGAGCUAUGAGCUUCCAGAUGGGCAGGUCAUCACCAUUGGGGCUGAGCGCUUCCGUUGCCCGGAGGUGCUCUUCCAGCCAUCGAUGAUCGGGAUGGAGGCUGGCGGUAUACAUGAGACAACAUACAAUUCCAUCAUGAAGUGCGAUGUAGAUAUAAGGAAGGAUUUGUAUGGGAACAUUGUUCUCAGCGGUGGGUCAACCAUGUUCCCUGGUAUUGCUGAUAGGAUGAGCAAGGAGAUCACAGCACUAGCACCAAGCAGCAUGAAGAUCAAGGUGGUGGCUCCUCCCGAGAGGAAGUAUAGUGUGUGGAUUGGAGGCUCCAUCUUAGCUUCCCUCAGUACUUUCCAGCAGAUGUGGAUUGCAAAGGCAGAGUAUGAUGAAUCUGGCCCAUCAAUCGUACACAGGAAAUGCUUUUGAUUGUCUGAUUGUCUGAGAGCAGGAGGCAGGAUGGAGAGAGAGAGAGAGAGAGAGAGAGAGAGAGAGAGAGAGAGGCGUAUUUAUUUUUAUAUUGUGAGGAAACGCUGCUGCUUGGCUUGCUUGCUUUUGUUUUUUCAUCAUUUUUCCCUUUUAGCAUUUGGAUGUCUGUGUUGGCCUUUCGAAUUUCAAGCGCUGGAAAUCAGUAGCCCAUUUUUUCAUUAUUGAUUUUCUGUUGAAAAAGAUGUGAGAAUUGUGUAAUCUUUGGGGGAUGAAACCUAUUAAAUAUUUUGCCUUUGGUUUGGAUUUUUA